UAAGUUUUAGCGCGAAAACCUGCAAACAUCCAACGUUUGUCGGACGUUAACUUGAGUUGCGAAGUGAGCACGUAGUAAGUAACGUUAUUCAGUUAGUUAUUCAGCAGUUAAUUGAGCAGGUGCCCGAUGUUGUCAUAUAUACAUGAUAACGUCACUCCACUACUUUUGGUAGUUUUUAAGAGGUAAAUAGCUGUUCAACGUUUACCAGGAAGACUGAAACCAUCGCGUAUCUCCACUCUAAUCAACAAGGCUAACCUUAAGGAACGUUAUUCAAGGUUAAAACUUUCCCUCAUGGAAGAACAGCAUAACACUGACAGCGACCGUUCGGAGCCUAAACAUGGACAGUCUCGUGGGAAAAGAAAACUUUCAAAGGAUGUGGAGAUGGACAUUGCCCAGUUACAUCAGGAUGUGCCGCAGCUGUCACGAGUUUUCACUGUUAUAGACAAAAUUGGUGAAGGCACUUUCAGUUCUGUGUAUCUGGCUGAGGCCCAGACGUCCGUAAUGCAAAGACAGAGGUUUGCUUUGAAACAUCUCAUCCCCACCAGCCACCCAGUGAGGGUAGCUGCUGAGCUGCAGUGCCUGACUGUUGCCGGUGGCCAAGAAAAUGUCAUUGAUGUGACUUACUGCUUCAGGAAGGACCAUCAUGUGAUCAUUGUGAUGCCCUAUGUGGAACAUGAACCCUUUGUGGACACUGUUGGUACCAUGACCUUUGAAGAGGUGUGCCACUACAUGUUUAAUCUCCUGAUAGCGCUCAAGCACAUCCAUACAUUUGGGAUCAUUCAUCGGGACAUCAAGCCAACCAACUUCCUGUACAAUCGCUCCCAGAGAAAGUACGCAUUAGUUGAUUUUGGCCUGGCUCAAGGCACGCCAGACACACAGAUUGAGCUCCUGAAGGUGCUGACCGCCAGAGCACAGAGGGGUGUUAGAACCACUGGGCCACCUGAGCACUCGCGGGGGAAACCAUGUUCCGUCGGGGUUCCUGCCACGGCACCAGUCACCUUAGACACGGCACCAAAGCCUCUUAUUCUGUCAGCCACUAAACCACCAGCUGAAAAACACAGCUGCACAAUCUACACAUCUGCAGAAGCCAAAUCUAGCAAGGAGAUAAUGUCCCUUUGUAAAAUGCCACGGUCUGUGUUUGGAGAACGAAACAUGAACAGCUGUAAUCCUGCCACUGCGUUAGCCACGGGAGUGGAGUUUGUUAGGCCUCUGAGUACAAAAGCCGUGGCUGCCAGGAGGAUGGUGCCAUCCAAGUGUCCAUCCGCUGCAGUGAAGGAGCAAGUCAGUGGCCAGAAGCGCAAAGACCCGCCUCUUGAGCCGAGCCCCACCUGCAGCUGUUUCCUGACGGACCGCAUCUGCAACAUCUGUCUCGGCAGGAAACCCCAGGUGGCUCCGAGAGCUGGAACACCUGGCUUUAGAGCUCCGGAGGUCUUGAUUAAGUUCCAAAAACAAGGAACAGCCAUUGACAUGUGGGCGGCAGGGGUGAUCCUCCUCUCUCUCUUGAGUGGGAGGUACCCAUUCUUUAAAGCAAGCGAUGACCUCGUAGCCUUAGCGCAGAUCAUGACAAUCCGUGGAUCCAGGGAAACCAUCCAGGCUGCAAAAGUGUUAGGGAAGGCAGUAGUGUGCAGUGAUGAGCUCCCACGCCUCGACUUGAAGAGACUCUGUGAGACGCUGAGAAGAACACAGCCGUGUCACGAUGAGACGGUUCUGACAGAAUUACAAACCACGUGUCAAGCCUUCAGUCCUGAACACAAUGGGCCGGACGAGACCGCUAUACACACAGAACAAAACUGGGAGGGAGUUCCAGAUGCAGCAUAUGAUCUCCUGGAUAGGCUGCUUGACCUGAAUCCAGACACGAGAAUAAAGGCAGAGAUUGCCCUUCUGCACCCCCUGUUUAAAGACAUUAAUGUAACCACUGGCGUCUGCAAGAUCACACCUGACACACUGCAGGAGCUCUGAGCAGCAGAGAACACCAAAUCUGCUCAAAGUGCUGCUCUUCAUAGAGAGCAGAAUGAGCUGGUGUCCUUUUUGGGAUUGCUUACUGGUACCAAUAUGAACAUUUACAUAAUGUCAUAUCCACCCAAUUGCAGGUAGCAGUGAAUUACUUUUUAUAAAAGUCACAAGAAUAUGAUGCAUAGCUGCUAAAACAAUUGUCAUAUUUCUGGAAGAAGUACGUUGGUGUCCAUAAUUCAGUGACAUAAUUGCACAAGUUGUUUAUAACCCAUGUUUUAUA